AUCAGCGUCCUAAGUACGAUUUCAAGAAAAGUCAAAUCAUUUCAGGUCAAAUAGAUUAUUAAUAAUACUACUCAGGAUCAAAUUCAAGAUUACAGAAUCUUAUAAAUGGAAUUGUAAUAAAUUAUAAAUUAAUAUUGACUUUGUGGUCAAUACCAAACUGUAAUUUAUUAAUGUAAUCGAUUAACUAACAGAAUUGCUCGAAGCAAAGCUCUUUCUAAUUGUAAUGAUAUGUCUUUCGUAUUAUAAUUUUAAUAGUAUAUGAUUUUCUUUUUUUUUUUAAUAAUAAGUAAUUAAGUUUCAAAACUGUGGGAAAGAAUGUUUUCACGUGGAAAUAAAUAAUUAAUACGAAUGCUGCGCUGUCACACACUGUCACAUCGAUGUCAUUCCUCUCUUGUUUUGGUUGUCACUCGUGUUAACCGAUUGACCCACCACUUUUUGUUUGCGCCUCGUCCCGUGUGACGUCGCGAUCAUCACAAUCUCGCUAAAAUGGCGAGACAGUGUGUUGACAUUUGACUCCGGACCGGACUCCAAUUCUCGUCUUCAGGACUAGGUGUAGGGAGAGAUCUCAAAUCAUCAAAUCCGGGGGUCGUGUUCUCGCGGGAAGCAAUGCACUCGGUCAACGCCAGCUUAUCGAACUCCUCGGACGUGAGUGACGUUGUCCCCACGUCGUUGGUUAAGCGGGAUGAGGACGGUCGAGCGGUCGACAUGGGAACUGAGGUGCCGUGCGGCAGCGAGACUGACGGCCUACGUAUUCUCGACGAGUUUCGCAAACUGUACGAAAGCCGGAUCGAAAAGAUCGAUCGGGAGUCUGGCGGCGAGUCCGACCGGGUCUCCAUGAAGUUACAAGUGAUGAGCGACUGGAUUAAGGAUUUAGGGGAGCAGAAUGCGAUAUUGGUGCAUACGGUGGAAGAUUUGGAGCAGGCUGCGUGCAGUAGAGUUAAGUUACUAGAAGAAAAACUAAAACAGUCGCAGACGGUCGUGGAUAAUUUAACAAGAUCCGACCAUUCGGAAAAGGUUUUGAAUACUCUUUCAAAUCGCAUCAGUCAGUUGGAAAAGGACGAAGAAUAUCUGCAAAAAAAAAUAGAGUAUCUGCAAAGUGACAUUAGAGGAUUAUUAGAGGUAAUUCGUCGCGCGCGCCGACAGAACGUUUGGAGUCUUGAGGGUAUCACAUUCUUCGAGAUUCAAACCGAGGAUAUUCCAGUUUCAGAUUGUAUCUGCAGUCAGGAGCAGACAGAUAUUGAUCACAUAAAAUCCUUGACUCUACAAAUAGAACAGCUUCAAGAAAAUGAAAGAAAAACGAUCAGAUCUCAAUUGGAAUUGGAAGGCAAAAUAGCAGAUCUUACGACAGAAUUAUCAUUAAAGGAUGAUACUAUAAAAAAAUAUGUGUCUAGACUUCAGUGCUUUUAUGAGAAACUCAAAGAACACGCUAAACAAACAAAUCAAGCUAUUAGUUAUCCAAUGACAAUGACUUCUGAUCAAGAAUGCAAUAUUAUCUUAACACCUGACAUUCUGGAAAGUGUACUAGACGCGAAAGAUAGGGAAAACAAGAACUUACACCGACAACUCCAGGAUGUUGAAUCCAAGCUUAUGGUAUAUACCUACGAGAACAAUGUUGACACGAUUAAUCUACAACUACAGCUGGAAGAAAAAUCUAAAAAGAUUCAACAACUAGAGGACAAAGUAGCUCGCCUCGAAAAAGAAGCUGCAGAUACAAAAGAUACAUUGACGGCGGAGAUCGUGGCGCUGGAAAAACAAAAUUAUCACGCCAAUAUUGGCAAUCUUUUAAAGGACGACCUAAUUAAAGAGAUGCGCAAAGGACUAAAGCAAACCACUUUACAGGAUACAUCUUUUCGCAAAGUAUGCAUUGAUACAAAUAACUCUCCAGAGACAUAUCCUCUGCCUUCAAUAAAUACUUCAAAUUCUAAGGAUGAAUUUAUAUUAUUCCUGAAUAGUACAAAAGCGCAUGUGCAGAAAGAAUGUGAAAUUUUAUCGGAUUUAAAGCUCGAAUUGGAGAAAUUUGUAGAUAAAUCGACUAAAGAUAGUGAGAUGGAUUCUAUUAUAUCUAAUAAUUCCACAAAUAAAAACAAACUUUGUGCAAGUGGCAUGUCGGACAAGUUGGUCAAUUGUAUUGAAAUUAUUACUAAGAUGUAUUUAGAGAGAGAAAAAGAGAUUACUGUUUUUGAUUGUAUGUCAAAUGUUAACAAUACACGACAGUUCAAGUUAAUGGAAGAAUUUAGAAUAUGCACUGUGGAAGCUCAAGCAGCAACAGAAGAUAUUCGCGAGGAAAUAAGCACAGUUAUAUCGACUUUUAAUUUACGGCAUCAGAAUUAUGAAGAUUUGAGCAAAAUGGUUAUUAAUGUACAAAGUUACUUGGCAAAAACGCGAGAAGGGCUAGUAGAAGCAAUCAACAGAUUAGAAUUACAGGAGGAGGAAAGAUUGAGGCACAGCGAGAGGAUCGUGAAUGGCAAUCUUAAACUAAAAGAUAUAAAAAAUGAAAUUAAUCGUGUUCAGUCAGAAUUGUCUCGUUGCAUCAAUGGUAUGCAAGGGAAUGUACAGGAAUGUAAUGAAUCUGAAUAUACUGAAGCAUGCAUUAAUAAUGAUUUACUAACUGUGGUAAUGGAAGAAGUUGAACAAAUAUUGACUAAUUUGCAAUUAUUCCAAACUCAGGGUGGUUGUACGACGUCAAUUCUAAAAGGAUUAAAAAGUCAGUUAUGUACUGUAGAUGGUUCAUUAAGGGAUUUACAGAAAAAAACAAGUGAAGUGUUAUUAAACAAUGAAAUCGCAAAAACGACUUUUUGCGAAAGGGAAAGCAGAUUAGCUAAAUUUGAAGAAGAGGUUGAUUGUGCACAUACAAAAAUGCAAGAUGUAUUGGAAACAUUUCUCUCUACAAAACAGGAGGAAAAGGAGCAGUUCUCUCAUUAUGAUAAUCAGGAAGUAAGUGAAAUAAUAAAAAUGAAAGAAGAUUUACAUAAAUUAAGAAAGGAAUACGAUGAUCUAAAACUCAACAUGAUCCAGCAAACGUGUCAAAUAAAAUAUGAUGAAAAACUAAAUAAGUGGAAAAAUAAUAUAACUGAUUUAGAAGACCAAAUUAGAAUGUUGCAACAUGAGGCAAAAUGUAAACAAGAAGCAAUUAAUUUUUUGAAAAAUAAUAUUCAAUCUAUGGAGAAAGAACUGAUUGCUGCACGAACAAAAGCAGAAAAUUACAGGCAGUGUCACAGCAAAGAUAAUAUGGAGCUAAAAAAGAAGAUUAUAGAAUUAGAAAAUAUUAUCAAAACACAGAAAGAGAUAGAGAAUGAUCUUAGAAAAAAUUUAAAUAAUGUAACGAAUAUUAAGAAAUCUUCAGAAAUUUCAAAUGCUUUCUAUACGGAGUGCGGCACAGAAGCAACGCUUUUACGUUGUGAUUAUCCAUCCAAACACGAGAAUGUAUCUCACUUGUUCAAAACGGUGCAAGAUGCUGUACAAUCUGCAAAAGCAGCGGUUCAAGACUUUGAAAGUGAACUUAAAAAAUUGAUACAUGAAGAAUCAUCUCUCUCCUCCGUUUCGGCAAAAUCUGCUGUAACAUUGACCGAUUCAUUAGGAAAAUGUAGAGAAAAACUGGAUACUUGCUUUCAUGAAUUAAACAAACUUAAAAAUGCUAUAUAUUCGAAAGAAAAACUUUUAGAAAAUAUGGAGGAGGUUGUACGGAUACAACGGAACUCUUUGACAAUGAGCCAAGCGGAAGUAAAAGAUCUGCAUCAAAAGCUGCAAGAAAAGAUAGAUAAACAAGGCCUUACAAUUGCACAAUAUGAGAGAGAGAAGAACGAAUUGCAGAAGCAGAAUGAACUUCAAAUACAAACUAUCGGACACUUACAAAAUGCCGUUGUCGAAGCUAAACGAAAUUUGGAUCAAAUGGCUCAUAAGGCGAUAAGCGAUGUGAGUGAGAUGAGGCCUGUGAUAUCGUCUUCAGCCUUUAGCCAUAGAAAUGUGCAUGAUAUUUAAAUAAAUUUUAAAUAGAUUAAAAUUAUCAUAUAUAGUUUUUGCGCCUCAUAUAUUUAUUACAAUUGUAAAUAUUGUCGAUAUAAAUGCUUAUUAAAAAGGUGAUCCUUGAAUA